GGCUGUACGCUACAUGGACGACAGGAUGCCGCAUUGUUUUUGCGUAACGAUUGUUUUGAUAUUGGCGCUGCCGACUUGUUUUGCGGCUGCAUCCGAUUGGAAAGCAAAAUUUGAACAACUUGAGGAAAACUAUGACAAAAUGAAAGCACAUUUCGAAACUUUGGAGAGGAAAGUCGAUCAGCUGGAAGCCAAAGUUAAGAAACAGGAUUCAAUUUUGGCUGUUUUGGAAAAAGGACACAGGCCUUUGAAAGAUAGUGUCGAUAUCAACCAACAUCGCCGUCACAACGCCACCCUUCGUACUUGCCACGAAAUCCACGUAGCAAAUCCAUCGUACACCUCCGGCAUGUACUGGAUCGAUCCAGAUGGUCACGGCAUUGGCGAUCCACCCAUCCACGUCCACUGCGACAUGGUACAUAAAACGAAUAACGUAACAAAAGGUGCUGAAGGGUUCCAAUCAGGUAUGACAUCUAUAUUGCACGACAGCGAGUCGAAAAAGGAUAUUGGGAAUUGCACCGAACCUGGAUGUUACUCGAGACAAAUCAAACAUUAUGCGAGCGAACGGCAAAUCGCAGCUUUGAUUCAAUUGUCCAGUAGCUGCACCCAAAACAUUUCGUAUCAUUGUAGAAAUACGCCUUUGAAUUACAAUGGCAUCGCCUACGCCUGGUGGAAUGGCAAAGACGGCCAAAAGCACGAGUUCUCCGACUGGUUAACUUCGUGUGAACAACUCUCUGGCAAAAAAUACGCAAUCAACGGUGUCAUCAGAGGCGAGCGUUUGCCGAUUACGCGCGUUCAUUUUAGCAACCCGUUCCAAGGAUCCGGCCAGUACACCGUGAGUCGGCUGCGAUGUAGCGGAAAGGCAAAAGUGGAGCCGAUGCCGACGUCGUGCGAUGAUUUGUGGCGGAUGGGACACACUCUUAAUGGGUUCUACUCGGUCAGAGGAGCUAAACGAAUGGAAACUGUUUACUGUCAAUUCGAUAAACGACCCAAUGAACAAGGUUUCCAAAAAUGGAUCGGAUACGUCGACGUCAAAUCCCAGCCGACGUAUUUCUACGUUCAGAAGAACACUACCUUCAAUAGCACGAAUGUUUCAAUUCCAUUUGAGGUUGAAAAGGUCAACGUCGGCAACGCCAUGGAUUUGAAAAAUGGCACCUUUACAGCUCCACGUGACGGCCUUUAUUUCUUCUCCUUUAGCUGUUUGACCACCGCUGGAACCACUGCAAAACCCGUUUUCGCUGCGGUAGGCCUCUUUUUGAACGCCGUACAAGUCGGGGAGGCUUGGGUACACGAGGGGACCACCACGGUCAACCGAGACAGUCCACUGACGUUUCAAUCGACGCUGACAUUGAAAGCGGGGGACCGUAUCUGGUUGCAAAUUAAAAGCUUAGGGGACACGGGCUUUCUGUAUGACGACAAGAAUGGUUAUAAUCACUUUAAUGGUUUCAUGUUGGACGAAGAAAUUACCCGAUCCCUUUGA